AUGACCCCAACUACAAGCAAAACCGGUAGCGACUGGCUUACGAUGAAGAGUCUCAUCUUUGAGACCGAUGACCUCCUCAAGAAGGUCUCCAGCGAGGGUCUCUUUCUGUUCCUGAUCGGCAUCGAUCUCAAAAACCUUCUUGCGGGAGAGAAAGGCAAAGAAUUUCACUUGCUCCUUGCACUUGGUCACAACAAACGACAGAUGUCGGGUCGGUUUCCGGACGAAGAUGUACGCGCCGAGCUGAGAAAGGCGCUGAACAGCUCAUUGCCAGACGGCGGCAAGCUGGAGUUGAUGAAGCCUCCGAUGCGACAAUCCAUCUUCAUCUUGAUGGCCUUCUCCGUCCGGGCUCUGGCGAAGGAGAGAUAA